AGGGAGAUUGAAAACACAGCUCAGACCAAGCCCCUUGGUUGCAGUCUUACCUCCCAGGAAUCACUGAUUGACUUGAAAGACUGGGAACCCAAGAGAAAGCUGCCUCUGUUUUCCUAUGCGUGAUCAACAGCUUUCCAGUCAAAGGUCAGACAAAGAAAGCUGGUAGUGGGUUGACCCUGGGCAGCCUGUGAUGAGACAUCAUUAUGAUCUGAGGAUUCCCUUAAAAUCCAUGCCUUGUUGGAGGGCGGGAGGCUGCUCGUGGAGAGGGUGACAGCCCAGUUUUUCCCUUGCAGAUUCUCGCACCAUGAAGAACCGGCUGGGCAUAUGGGGGCUGGCCAUCCUCUGCUUGCUGCUUGCCAGCCACCUCUCCUCGGUCAAAGCUAGAGGCAUAAAGCACAGGUUCAAGUGGAACCGGAAGACCGUGCCCAGCAGCAGCAGCAGCGGCCAGAUCACCGAAGCCCGGGUGGUUGGGAACCGCCCAGGAGCCUUCAUCAAGCAAGGCCGAAAGCUGAACAUCGACUUCGGAAGAGAGGGCAACAGGUACUACGAGGCCAAUUAUUGGCAGUUCCCGGAUGGGAUCUACUAUGAAGGCUGCUCUGACGUCAACGUGACCAAGGAGAUGCUGGUGGCCAGCUGCAUCAACGCCACCCAGGCAGCCAACCAGGCUGAGUUCUCCCGGGAGAAACAGGAUAGCAAGCUCCACCAGCGAGUCCUGUGGCGGCUCAUCAAAGAGAUCUGCUCCACCAAGCACUGCGAUUUUUGGCUGGAAAAGGGAGCAGCGCUGCGGGUCGCUAUGGACCAGACAGCGAUUCUCUGCCUGCUGGCUUUCAUUUGGUUCAUCGUGAAAUAAACAGCAAUGAGGCUGGCAGCCCCCCAGAGAUGGGAAUUUCUCUAUGUAUCCCAGGUUGGCCGCCAACUCCUGGUCUUCUGGCCUCCAUGCCCCGGAUGCUGGAAUUGCAGACAGGCCACCAACCCCAGCUGUGUGUUUACUUCUGAUCUCCCGGGCCCCGUGUGCACAUUUUUAGGUGUCCUAUGAGCAUCUUUAAUAUACUUCCCUUGUACAGAGCUCUCCGAAAUCACUGUCGGUUUUUAAAACCACUUGGUAAGGGCUAAUUAAUCUCCACGAACCACUUUACACUCCAAAAACAUAAUUACUGGGCAAAAAGCCUAAGAGAAUGACAUCUUCAGAGAGAUCCAACAACAAAAUCAUUGUCUGCCGUCACAAGAGCUGACAUAGCACUUUGUGAACUUAAAUACAUAUUAAAAUAUAAAUAUUGCUUAAAUGGGUUUUUUUUUAAUCUAAUCUUUUAAGACUCUUCCACAGGCUGUCCUCCCCUUUCAGGGCUCCCCAGGAGUUGCUGAGCGGUAUCUGGAGAUAACUGCCACUGGGUGUAUUUUCUUUAAAAAGGAGCAUCUGCAAAGGGGAUCGGGUGUUG